GAUGGGGAUGAUAAUGGAAUGGAGCGGAAAGCGAAAAUCAGCCCUUACAGUUUGUUGCUUUCAAACGUGGAAAGCCACUUAUUUGGAAAGAGCACUCACAAAAGGCGCGGCCUUUUCGGCAACGACCCCAAAAUGGAUUAUUUUCGCAGCGGCUGAGAGGCAAUACCACUGUCGCCGAAAGGUUUGCUACCACUACGCACGGGAUUCAAGUUGCAUACAAACGAUCUUCAGAGUACAACCGCUCUAUGCACAACCAUUUUCUUGCGGAAGCUGACAAAUCAAAUCGUAAGGAGGCCUCUGCAAGGCUACUGUCGGCCACAAAGCCUUUUUCUAGGUUACAAUGGAGAGAGGCAAUUAGGACAUUGGAAUGGUGGACAAAUGAAAAUGGCGGUAGCGAGUUAUCCAUCUGCAUUUUUGCGAAGCUUUGCGAACAAGAAUCCAAAGGUGAAAAUGAACUGGACGAGACUUUGGCGAAGAAGGUGGCACAAUCAUGGGCAAGGGAUUUUGUGGCAGGGGUAUCGACGCUCAGUGUGGCAGAGUUUUCUAGGCAGUUAAAAAUUUGCCAGGAAGCGAUUCCAUCGUUGAGAAUGGAUGUUUCAGCUAUCAUUCAUAGUGCAAACGCUAAAAGACAAACUCAAGAGCGCUCGCAAGGUGAAAAGUUGGCAAUACCGAAUAUUUCUUUACUUGAGGAGAUGGAGAGCAAAAUCGAGAAAUCACAGAUCCAAGACGAUCCGUCGGUGUGCCCAGACGUGAGAACAAUAAAUGCUGCCAUAUCGGCGUCACUAUCAUUCGACGAGCCGGAACUUGCAGAACGUGUUUUGACUCGCAUGUGGAAUAUUUAUGACUGCAGACAAUGGCAAAAAAUUCGCCCCAACCACAUCACAUAUCACAAUAUAAUGGUGAGCUGGGUAAAAACAUGCCGGUCGACUGAAAGAGCGGUGAGAGUGGAACGUCUCUUGCAGCAAUUAAAGAAGCGACAUAGUGAACAUCAUUAUGACAAGGGUCUAACACCACAAAGGCAGCACUACAUUCUGGCUUUGUCGGCAUACUCUAGAGACGGUGAUCUUAAGCGGGCACAGGCCCUAUUUGACUACAUGCUGAAAUCCUUUACAUUGACGCGUGAAAUCUCUUUAAAACCGACUGGCAAGGUCUGUGCUGUGUAUUUAAGCGCUUUAUCGCGCAAACCAGACGUGACUGCUCCUGUUCUUGCGGCGGCGGUGGUCCACAACCUCUUUGAGCGGUUUCAUGAUAACAUGGACCCUGAUUGGCUGCCCACGCCUCAAAUGUACACUUCUUACAUGAAAAUCUGGAUUGAUAGUGGUCGACCUGAUGGUGCACAGCAAGCACAAAAAAUUCUUGAUGACAUGUCAACUAAGCCAGGGAAUCUCUCCCCGAACAUUAUGCAUUACGGUGCUGUUAUUUCAGGGUGGUGCAAAGCCGAUGAACCCGACCGGGCGGAAUCGAUUGUUCGAUUUCUUUGUGAGAAAACCAAGGUCAAACCAGAUAUCAAAUGUUUUCUCGAAGUUGUGAAAGCUUGGUCUUCCCGAAAUACAUCGGAAGCGAAUAAAAGGGCUGAGAAGCUGCUGGUGCUUAUGAAAGAAAUUGAAGGUACAUCAGGUACAGAGCGGUCGACAGCAACGCUCGAUAUCAUGCGAAUUUUGUCGCGGAGCAUAAAAGGCGGUGACGCUCAGCGAUCAGAAGAUAUCAUUCACCGAAUGCAAUCACAAUACUAUCUAGGACACUCGUCUUUGAAAGCAACCACUGAACACUACAACGCUGCAUUAGGAGCCUGGUCACGAUCGAACGAAUUUGAAAGUCCUGAUCGAGCAGAGGCUCUCUUGCUAGAAAUGCUGGAAAGAUUUGACCACGGCGACAAUGACCUUUCUCCGACAGAGCAAUCGUUCACAUCGGUAAUCACAUGCUGGGGGAGGAGUAAUCGAGAAGAAGCCGGUCUUCGAGCACAGGCCGUUUUCGAUGGUAUGCAAGACAGGAGGGAUCAGCAGCAUCUAAGCUCACUUUGUGUAACCGCAGCAUCAUACUCGGCGCUCAUUAUGGCGUGGGCUCGAGCUGGUGAACCUAAUCGCGCUGAAAUUGUGUUGCAGGAAAUGCACAAUGACUAUUUAAACGGAAACAAAGCAGCUGAGCCAAAUCAAAUCGUAUUCAAUGCAACCAUAAAUGCAUGGGGGAAGUCACAACGAAAGGGACGAGAAAAACGCGUCGAUCAAAUCAUACGGCUUAUGCAGCAGCUGGGUGACCUUACUGAAGUACGGCCCGAUAUCGUAACGUUUUCUACCGCCAUAGCCUCAUGUAUGAGAAGUGAACUUUCAAACGCUCAUGAGCUGGCAGAGAGCUACCUUGACGAAGCCAAAAGGCUGUACGCUGAGGGUGACAGCGGUUGCAAGCCAAACUCAAUGUGUUAUGGCGCUGUGAUUCAGGCAAUCGUACGUGGGGGCAAAAGCGACGCUCCUUUGAGAGCCGAAAAAUAUCUCAAUGAGAUGAUUUCCCAAAGCGAGUUGGAUGCAAAGCAAGUUCAAAUGGCAUUUGCCGCAACAAUUAGUAGUUGGGCGCAUGCUUCGUAUCAGUCAGAAAACGUUCUGAGGGCAGAAGCGCUACUUGACACAAUGACCGCUUUUGGGAGCAAGCGCGGACAGCAGUUUCUUCCGGGCCUACGAGUUUACACAGAAGUGCUUAUAGCGAUUUCGAAAAGCGAACCUCGCAUAAGGGCCAAAAAAGCAACAGCUCUAUCUCAAUCAAUGCAAGCGAAUAGCAUUUUUCCUGAUGAAAUCUGCGAAAGAAUAUUUAACGCUUGUUUCAUCCGAAAGAGAAGACGAUGA